AUGAGAAAACGAUGUACGCAAUUUAGAGCUUCGGUAACAAAGAGCGAUUUACUAUUUUAUAUUAGUCUAUCUAUCUAUCUAUCUAUCUAUCUAUCUAUCUAUCUAUCUAUCUUCUGUUCAUUAUCUAAUUCUGUUCAUUAUCUAUCUAUCUAUCUAUCUAUCUAUCUAUCUAUCUAUCUAUCUAAUUCUCUUCAUUAUCUAUCUAUCUAUCUAAUUCUCUUCAUUAUCUAUCUAUCUAUCUAUCUAUCUAUCUAUCUAUCUAUCUAUCUAUCUAUCCAAUUCUCUUCAUUAUCUAUCUUUGUAUGGUACAAGGCCGCAACAUUGGAGUACCAAAAGGUGAAGAUUUGUUUAAUUAAAAUGAUUCAUUCUUUUCCUCCAGAACAGAAACUCAUUUACUGUGCUCAUAUGUAUGUCUAUCUAUCUAUUUAUCUAUCUAUAAAAUUAUGUUCUCUAUCUAUCUAUCUAAUUCUGUUCAUUAUCUAUCUAUCUAUCUAUCUAUCUAUCUAUCUAUCUAUCUAUCUAUCUAUCUCAAUCAUUCCAUAUCUAAAUUUAUCUAAAUCUUUUCAUAUCCAUAACUAUCUAUCUAUCUGUUCAUUAUCUAUCUAUCUAUCUAUCUAUCUAUCUAUCUAUCUAUCUAUCUAUCUAUCUAAUUCUGUUCAUUAUCUAUCUAUCUAUCUAUCUAUCUAUCUAUCUAUCUAUCUAUCUAUCCUAUUCUUGUCAUUAUCUAUCUAUCUAAUUCUCGUUCCAUUACUUUUAUUCGUCCUUCUAAAAGACACAGUACGGUAUAAAGCGAGACAGAAAUAUGCAUUCCUCAACCCGGGCUCAAUAAACUCUAUUUUCGUGUGUGUACUCUAG